AUGACUGAUGUGGAGAUUGAGCCUAGUGCUCAGGCCAAACCUGAAAAGAAGGCUGGGAAAGAGGUUGCAGUAGGGGCUGAGGUGGAUUGUGAAAUCCCUCUUAUGGUCAGGCCCAAGGUUAGGACCCAGGCCCAGGGAACUACUAGGGCAAGACCCAAAACUAAGACCAAUGUUAUGGCCAUAGUAGGACCAAAAAUUGAAGCAAGUGCAGUGGGUAGGUCACAUACUAAGAGUAAGGCUAAGACAAUAGCUGGGUCACAAUUUAAAUUUCGGGGGACUGCCCAUAGCAAUGCCUCUCCAGUGGUUAAUACUAAUUCUGGGUUGGUUGCUAAAACUAAGUGCCUGUCUACAGAUAGAGAACUAGUUAAUAGGGACACUGAGAGCUUUCACAGAAGGAAGACCCAUUCCCAAACUGUCUUCCAGCCUUCUCUUGUGUCAGAUGAUGAUAAGAUUAAUAUGGGGUCCUGGCACUCUCACAUGCCUACCUCCAAACAAGAGGCCUCUUAAAAUUAUAAUUUCAGAUGGGUUGACAAAUCCUCUGUGAGGUCAUAGUUCUGGAAUGGAGAUGAGGUCACUACAAGAUGUCAUCCUAGUAACAGGACAAAGGCCAGGACCAGGACUAAGCACAUGGCCAAACAGGGGACUAAUACUAUGUCUAGGUUCAAAACUAAUCAGGAACUCUACAUUUUAUCAAGUUCUGGAUCUGAGCAUGAAGACCGUAUGAAGUCCAGGUUCUGGGCUAGAGAGGAGACCAAAUUCAGAUCCAAACGCAGAGCCAGAAAAGAGGCCAAUGCCAGGGCCAGGCACAUGGCCAGGCGAGAAACUUGCAUUGAUUUCAUGUCUGAACAUAUAGAUGUAAUCAAAAAAGAGUCUUGCUUCCAGACUGAAGAGAACAUUAAUACCUUGUCAAGGCCCGAGACCAAGAAAGAUGCCAGGACCAGAGUAAUAGCAAAGGAAGAGGCCAAAACCAAGGCCAGAGCCAGGGCUAAGCAAGAAGCCAGGUCAGAGGAGGAGGUCCUCAUUGGGACUUGGCUCUGGGCUACAGAAGAGUCCAGCAUGGUGAAUAGGGCCAGUGUCCAGUCCAGUCCACAAAUAGAAGAUGAGUCCCUUGUUGAGAGCUGCUUCUGGACUGAAGAAGAUGCUAGUAUGGAGACUGGGCCUAGCGGUAACUCCAAACCAAUGGCUAAGGAGGAGUCUUUUGGUGGUUCCUGGCUUGCAACUGGAGAAAAGGCCAGUAUGAAAACUGGGACUGAGUCUACCACUGAAUCUAUACUAGCAGCUGAUGAUGAGGAGGACAUUAUUGGUUCCUGGUUCUGGACUGGUGAAGAAAUCAACCCAGUGACUGAGGAGGAGACCAUUUUUGGACCUUGGUUCUGGGUCACUAAUGGGAACAGUGUAGAAUCUGUUGUUGGAGUCAACUGUGAGUCCAGGCCUAGUUCUGAGGAAGAGGUUAUUGGUCCCUGGCUCUUGGCUGGAGAAGCAAUUGAUAAGGAGACUGGAAUUAGAGAACAGGUCAGGUCAGGAAUUGAAGAAGAGACAAUAUUUGGUGCCUGGUUUGGGGCUGAAAACCAGACCCAUUUGGAUUCUGGGGCUGAAAAUAGCUGUGAUAUCAUGCCAGGGACUGAGGAAGAGGAGCCCAUUAUUGGGUCUUGUUUCUGGGCUAGAGAAGAAGCUUGUGUAGAGGCUGACAUCAACAGCAAGUCUAGCCUGGAGGACGAAGAAAAGGCCAUUAUGUCAUCUUGGUUUGGGUCCAGAGAAGAGGUUAAUAUGAAGUAUGGGACUGGUGCCAGUUUCAAAUUUAUGGCAGGGGCUCAGGAGACUCAAAAUAGGUCGUUCUCCUGGGCAGAAGAACCCUACAUGUAUCCUGCCAAUGGAGGAACCUGGAAGUAUAGACCAGAGGAAGAAGAGGAUGCUGUCAGUUCAUGGUUCUGGUCCGGAAAAUACACAAGGCCAGAAGCCAUUGUAGGGUCCCAGUUAUCAGCUGCAGAAGAGAGUAGUAUAGAUGGCACUGGAGAAGAGGCCAAGCUACUGGCUGAAGAGGAUACCAUGAUCAAUUCUUGUUUCUGGAAAGAAGAUGAAGAAGCCAUUAUAGAGGCUACCAACAGAGAAAAGUCCAGGUCAGACGCUGAGGAGGAUGAUACUUUUGGUUCUUGGCUCUGGACUGGAAAAGAAGACGGGCUGAAGGCAGAAGCUAAAGCUGGAGAAGAGGACAGGCUAGUAGUUAAGGAGGAAAGUAUUAUUGGAUCCUGGUUCUGGUCCAAGGAAGAAACCAUUAGAAGAGAGGCUGAAGAGGAAGAAAUGAUUGUUGGACCCUGGUUAUGGGAAGAAGAGGCCAGUCUGGAGGCAGUGACAGGAAAAAACUUUGAGUUUAAGUCUGGGACUCAGGAGGAGGAAAUCACUGUGGGGUCUUCGUUUGGGGCUGAAGAAGAAGCCAAUAUAGAGACUGGGUCUCAGGCAGCAGAAGAGACUGAGUCAGAAACUGAAGAGGACACUGUUUUUGGAUCCUGGUUUGGGGCUGAAGCAGGGACAUGCUUUACGUUUAAGUCAGAGACUAUCAAAAAGGUUAUUAUUGUUAAAUCUCAGUUCUGGUCUGAAGACAAGGUCAUUAAGGAAACAGAAUCUGUGGCCUCCUGGGAGUCCAAGCCAGAAAAUGAGAAAGGGACAGCUACUGGGUCUAGGGUUGGAGCUGAAGAUGAGAUGAAUAAGAGAACUGGUAGUACUACCAACUGUGAGUCUAAGACAUUAGCUGAUGAGGAUGAGGCCAUAGUGGGGUCCUGGUUCUGGUCAGGAGAUGAAACCCAUUUUGAAUCAAAUCCUAAACCUGUGUUCAGGGCCAUUUGUGCAUCAAGGUACUCAGUUGAGCAGGAGCCUGAUCCUUCACAAAGGCCCCAGACUUGGGAGGAAGUAGCUGUUCAGUUCAAGCCUGGUCCAUGGGGUAAGGUUGGUUUCUCAUCCAUAAUCCCCUUUAGAUUUCCAAAAGAAGCAGCAUCUUUAUUCUGUGAAAUGUUUGGGGGAAAGCCCACACAGGCAGAACUUAGCCCUGAAGAGGAAUCUAAACUUGAACCUGAUCAGCCUGAUCCUGAGUUCCCAUUUCAGUAUGAUCCUUCCUACCGGUCAGUCCGGGAAAUUCGAGAGCAUCUUAGGGCCAAGGACAGUGCAGAGGCUGAGAACUGGUCUUGCAGCUGCAGACAGUGUGAGCUUAAAAUUGGUUCUGAAGAGUUUGAAGAACUCCUUUUAUUAAUGGACAAAAUUCGUGAUCCUUUUAUUCAUGAAAUAGCUAAGAUUGCAAUGGGUAUGAGAAGUGCUUCUCAAUUUAUCCGAGAUUUCAUUCGAGAAGCUGGUGUUGUUGCACUUAUUGAAACCUUGCUCAAUUAUCCAUCCUCCCGAGUUAGAACAAGGUUUUUGGAAAACAUAAUUCGUAUGGCUCCACCUUACCCAAAUCUAAACAUGAUUGAGACGUACAUAUGUCAAGUGUGUGAGGAAACCCUUACUUGUAACUUGGAUUCCCCUGAGCAGCUUUCUAGAAUAAGAAUGAUAAGACAUCUGACUACUACUACUGACUAUCACACACUGGUUGCCAAUUAUAUGUCUGGGUUUCUCUCCUUAUUAGCUAUAGGCAAUACCAAAACAAAGUUUCAUGUUCUGAAAAUGCUACUGAAUUUGUCUGAAAACAUUGUAAUGACAAAAGUACUACUUAGUGAUGAAACAAUGUCAGAAUUUAUAAACCUCUUUAACAGGGAAGAGACACAGGACAAUGUUCAAGUUGUUCUUGCGAUAUUUGAGAAUAUUGGUAACAAUAUCAAAAAAGAAGAGUUCACUGAUGAUUUCAAUCUUGCACCACUUAUUUCUGCAUUCCAUGAAGUUGAGAAAUUUGCCAAGGAAAUGCAAAGCAAAAGAGGCAAUCAAAAUGACCCUCAAGCAGACCAAGAAAAUUAG